AUGGCUUCAUUCCCAGGCCGAGCGAUCAAGUUCGCUGCCUUCAACGUCACCUCCCAAGUAUUCCACAUCACAAAACACUCCUUCGCCAUAGUAAAUCUCAAACCUCUACUACCGGGACAUAUCUUGGUCUCGCCGAUUCGAGUUCUACCCACCCUCUCCGACUUGAGCAAAGAUGAGAUCUCGGACCUGUUCAUUACCGUAACGCGCGUGCAGAAGACAUUGAAGAGGCUAUAUAAGGCAGAUGCGUUCAACGUCGCAGUGCAGGAUGGCAAAGCUGCAGGACAGAGUGUUCCUCAUGUACAUGUGCAUGUGAUCCCCCGAACGGAAGGCGAUCCGGCUGGAGAUGACAAGAUACACGAAUGGCUGGAAGGGGAAGAGGGAAAUAUUGGCAAGCACCAGAAUGUUGCUGAAGAAGCUGUGAGAAAGGUUGGUGAGUGGCCCAAGGAUGAGGAGAGAAAGCCGCGUACGAAAGAAGAGAUGGAGAAGGAGGCGGCGUGGUUGAGAGAAGAGACUGCAAAGGAUGAGCGUGAAGAGGCCCUAAAGCUCUGA